GUUAAGUAAGACUUAACGAAUAACCACCCAUCCCUCCAUUUCUUCUUCUUCUUCUUCUUCUUCUUCUUCUUCUUCUUUUUUGUAGUUCAUCCAAGUCGAUCCACAUUAAUCAACCAUCGCAGAGCUUGGACUCAAAACUUAUCCAAAGGAUCCGAAGAAAAAAGAGAAACAAAAUGGAAAAUAUAACCCCUUCGGGAGGUUUCAAGCUGUUCAACCAGUUGCAGCUGCAGGAGUUCCCUGACAAGUUCAUCAUAAGAUCUACGGAUUCUCCGGAGCAAGCUUUCUCGAUUGGUCGUUCUGACGGGGUUAUUGAACAACAAACCGGUGAUUCUUAUUCUCAAAGUCCAACUAAGGUUUCUACAAUUUAUGGGGUAGUUGGAACAAUUAGGUUACUUGCAGGAACAUACGUUCUUAUAAUUACUUCUCGUAAGGAAGUUGGCAGCUAUCUUGGUUUUCCCAUUUUCCGGGUGAUGUCUAUGAGGUUUCUAUCGUGCAAUGAUGCUUUGCAGCUUUCAACUGCUCAAGAAAAAAAGGAUGAAGCUUACUUCAUAACUCUGUUGAAGGCUGUGGAAUCAACUCCGGGUUUGUAUUAUUCAUAUGAAACAGAUCUGACAUUAAACUUACAAAGAACAUGCAACUUAGCAGAAGGGAGAGCAAGCAAACCACUUUGGAAGCAGGCUGAUCCUCGCUUUGUUUGGAACAGAAAUUUGUUGGAUGAGCUUAUUGAGUGUAAGCUUGACGCAUUCAUCAUUCCUUUGGUACAAGGAAGCUUUCAGACUGCACAGUUCACAAUUAAAAGUUCUAUAGCCAAUAUUACUUUGGUUUCAAGGAGGUGCACACGACGUCUAGGAACUAGAAUGUGGAGAAGAGGAGCUAACCUUGAAGGAGAUACUGCCAAUUUUAUUGAGACUGAGCAGUUGUUUGAGUUUGAAGGUUUCAGAUCCUCAUUUUUGCAGAUUCGGGGUUCAAUUCCACUUCUUUGGGAGCAAAUUGUGGAUUUGAGUUAUAAACCACGACUUAGAAUAAUUAAUCAUGAAGAAACAGUAUGUAGAUGCUCUAAGCCAAAAGCUGUGGAACGACAUUUUCAUGAUUUGACACAAAGAUAUGGAGAGACCGUGGCAGUUGACUUAACUGAUAAACAUGGUGAUGAAGGUCAACUGAGUAUGGCAUAUGCUUCUGAAAUGGAAAAGCUUCCACAUGUAAGAUAUGUCUCUUUUGACUUCCAUCACUAUUGUGGGAACUCAAAUUUUGAUAACCUACAACUUCUCUAUGAUCAAAUCUCUGUGGAUGUUGAAAAGCAAGGAUACUUUCUAGUAGAUUCAGAAGGAAAAAUACUAAUGGAACAGAAAGGAGCUAUUAGAGUUAACUGCAUCGAUUGUCUUGAUCGAACAAAUGUAACACAGAGUUACCUGGCUCAGAAAUCUUUAAAUUCACAGCUACAGAGAUUGGGUGCACUUUCUUCCACUGAGUGCAUAUCUAAGUUUGAUGAAAUUUAUGAAAAGUUCAAGACGGUAUGGAUUGAACAGGGUGACGAGAUAAGCCUGGAGUAUUCUGGGACACAUGCCCUAAAACGUGACCUUGUCAGAUUUGGAAAGCAAACAUUUUCUGGACUAAUUAAAGAUGGGAUGAGUGCUCUUUCAAGAUAUUAUUUAAACAACUUCCACGAUGGCAUUCGGCAGGAUGCUAUGGAUCUCAUAAGUGGCCACUACACUGUCAACAGGAACAAUCCUUCUCCAUUCCAGCUGAAUGGUUUUGAAUCAUUAUCAUAUCUCCCGGUUGCAUCAGCUUUACUAGUUGGUGGUCUUACAUUGACAUCCUUCACCCUCAAUCAAGCAGGGCGAAAUGCACAACAUUUUGCAUCUUCUGUACUUUGGGCUGGUUUGACAGCUGGAGUAAUGGCACUGGUAAAAGCUAAUGGAAGGCAGUUCUGCUCUAGGCCUCGCUUGUGUGGUCUUUUGUAAAUUAACAAAGUGUUUGUUUUGAAUUUUAUAUGAAAUGUAUUUAUUUUAAAUCGUUGGAUAUCUUUAGCAUAGGAAACCAUGAAAAUAUACGAGUUUUUUUCUUUUCUUUUCAUUCUUCCUUUUUGUAAUAUAGGGAAGAUGUUUCAUAACUACUAUAAUUCAAGCAACUAUUAAUGAUGAAAAGGAAAAAAAUACAAGAAACUUUACCUUA